UGGUAAGGUAGUAAAAUAAGGCUCAUAGCAAAUUUGACAAUUGAUAUCUGUGUAUCAAAAGCACAGAGUGAUUCUCCUCUCAAACUACUGCAGUAGAGUAUACAAGGCAGAGCAUAUGGAGCCUAACAGCAAAGAAACACUGCAGGCAGACUUUGAUACAUUUGAUAUUUCUGAAGAGCUUGGAUUUCUACUUAAAGAGCCACUGAGUAACCUUCCAGACUAUUAUCGGGUGUGGAUAGACCUGGCAAAUAAUCUCACACAUCUGAUAGAAUCACGUAAACUACGGGAUCUGGUUCAUAAGAUGCUGGUCUUGAGUCCCCAUCUCUUGAGUAACCAUCGGGAGCUCAGGCUGGCCCACCUAGCCCUGGGAUUCAUCAGCAUGGGAUAUGUAUGGCAGGAAGGACAACACGCACCUGCUCAGAUUCUCCCCAAAUCUCUGGCCUGGCCCUAUUGGCUAGUGUCUCGUAGGCUCGGUCUUCCACCCAUCCUGACUUAUGCAGACUCAGUUUUAGCCAACUGGAAACUGAAGGAUCCAACAGGGGAUAUGGAAAUUGAGAACAUGGACUUGAUAUUUUCCUUUCCUGGUGGUGAGAGUUGCAGAGGAUUUUUCAUAGUGUCAUUGUUGGUCGAGAUGGCUGCCAGUUCAGGCAUAACGGGGGCUCUGGAGGUGAUGCGUGCUAUGAAAAUCUCGGACCUCAUCGGCAUACAAAAAGGUCUCGUCAAAGUAACUCAGUCUUUGAAGAAGAUGAAGGAAACUUUCAAACUCAUGCAUAAUCAUGUGGAUCCAACUGCGUUUCAUGGAACAUUUAGAAUUUUUGUUUCAGGAUGGUGUCGUGGAUGGCUGCCUCGGUACUGCGCUCUCUGGUGGCGAGACAACCCCAUGCUUCCAAGGGGGCUGCUGUAUGAGGGUGUGAGCAAUGAGCCAAUUCUGUUAUCAGGUGGAAGUGCAGCCCAGAGUUCAGCCAUUCAGUGCUUUGAUGCUUUGCUGUGCAUCCAGCACGAGGAUGUGACAGGAGCCUUCCUGACACGCAUGAGGGAUUACAUGCCUCCUGCCCACCGUCAGCUGAUAGAAACUCUGUCCGUCUGUCCAUCUCUGCGAGACUUCAUCCUGUCCCAAGCCAGCUCUGAUCUUUGCCAGGCCUACAACUCCUGUGUCUCAGCACUGGUGGAUUUACGGAACUACCACCUCAAUACUGUGACCAAGUACGUCAUUGUGCCUGGUAAUCAAGCUCGCGCCAUGGGCUGCCCGCUCAGAGGUGUGGGCACUGCGCUGAACACAACAGGGACGGGUGGAUCCAGCAUAAUGGUCUUCCUCAAGAGUGUUCGUAACACCACCCAAAAACUACUGAUUUUAGAAAGGCCAUCUACUUCAAGAGAAACUGAAAUGUAAUUUAUAGCAUAAUAUGUACAAUAUCCAUUUUACACUAUGCUUUUGAAGUUGUUUAUACGAAAGGUUUACAGAAACAUAAGCAUCAACAAAUUUUGCCAUCGUUAUUUUAAUCAGACAAUUUAAUUUGUCCUUUUUUAAAAUGUAAGUCUGUUUUGUAAAUUCACUUGGUCUCUGAUUAAAUUAGAGGAACUCUUGGGGAGAGACCUUUUUUCCCCUGAUGAUUUUAGCUGACAAAAACCACUGCCAUACUUUGCAAGCCCAUUUCUGCCAGGGUAAAAAAAUUCAAAGUUGACUUACUAUCGCAAACAAAAAGUUCUAUGUAUUUUAUUCCUUUCUUGACAAAAAAUGUCUUCCAUACCACACACUCCUUGACAUCCCUAAAUUAACUGCACUUUGACUUUAUAUAAUUCUGUGAAAUGAUUGUAAAAACCUUUACAGACCAUGCUACAAAGAUUGUCUAUGUUCAGUAUUGCAUUUUAUUUAUUCUGGUUAUAUAUGUACCCCCAACUACAUCUGUACACCCUUGAAUUUUAGUAUUAUUUUUGAUAUAAAUGACUUCAAUAACAUUUUGAAAAUAUUUUAUUCAGUAUUGAUAAAUAAAUAUUCUUAUCUUAUGUAAAUAUUCUUAUCUAUUACUAUAACAAUGCCUGAUGUGGUUUUUGACCUGUUUCAAAACCAUUUGUAAUAACAACAAAUACACAUAUACAUAUAAUGAUACGAAUAGUGCCAACAAUGGAAGAAAAGCAUUUUUCUAAAGUGCAUUUGAUCAAUAAACUAAUUUGGCUUUUGUAAACAGAAACUGAAAAUGGGAACUCCUACGUGCCUGAAAGUAAGAAGCAGAUGGCAGAGGAGGAAGAUAAAUGUAGAGAGAACCAUGAGCUGUGGAAAAAAUAGAGGAAGGAAAUGCUGAAGAAAUCAAAUGAUAGAGGACAUUAGUAAAAUAAAAGAGAAAGAGAAUCAGCUGAGGACAAUGAAAGACAGACACAGUGGGGGUAAUCAGGGCAGAGGGAUGGAAGUGUGGGAUCGGGUCACUCAGUUUGAUGGACUCGAACCCCCACUCGCCUCCUGGUCUUGACUUGAAGGUUGCGUCUCUUCUUGCCAUAGAGGACUAAUCACAUUAGAAAAUAGAAGAAGGGGCUCAACUGCACUGCUGCUGAGCCAUGGUCAUGGUCCAACUCUGCUUCACUAAAGCACAAAAGAUGUCAAAUGUGGACUGUUUGACACCGGGUGAAUGCCGCUCUGGCUGUCACUACACCCAGUGCUGGUGUAGUUGUCUGCUGUCACAUAGAGUUGGGAAGUGGGAGGGUUUGCUGGCUCUGGAAGUGUUUUAUGGCAUUCUGUGUUCCCAUUUCAUUUCUCUCUUUCAACGAUAUCCUCUAUGUUUCUAAAACAGAAACACAGGACUCUGGAUAAUAUAACUACCACAGAGGCUUAUGUUGUGGCCACAGGUUCCUGAUAAAUCAUGUUUUAUCCAAUACUACAAUACCCAUUAGCCUCAGCUGCCACUAUAGAAGAGCAGGGGAGAAUUAAAAAUGCUUUGUUGCAGGUGUUAACAAAAGCAGUUGUUGAAUUCAAUCAUUAUUGACACAAAAAUUAAAAGUGAAACUGCAUUUAGUGUGUGAUUGAGCCGUGAUCGAAUAGUUCUUACUGAAAUGCACCUGUAGUCAAAGGUAAAAGAAAGAUAUUUUCUAAGGCGGUUGUUAGCUUUUGAACUGAUGAUUCAAUUGGAAGAGUUUAAUGCUGAUGAAAGCUGUAGAAGUGUUCCAACUGUGAGUCAAUUAACAUUGUCUAUGGGAAAAAUUAAGAGGACUACUUCUAGAACCAGGAGUUCCCAAAAUAGCUCUUUGCACUUUGCAACUCUAUUGCCUCUAGCAUUCAGUAGACAUAGCAGCACACUGAAUCACCUUCAGUUGAAAAUGUUUUAAUUGAGGUGUAGAAACAGUAGAAAAAUGCAUAAUAUUGCACAUAAUCACUAAAUUGCACUUUCUCAAGGUACAGAUCUUUGCAUGGACAUUGGUGACCUGAAUCAUGUAAUCUACUGCGUACUCUAAGGAUGGGAGGCCAGUUUUUGUCUUCCUGACGUUUCUUUGAUAUUUAACAGUACCAUAAUCUACAUAGCUGCUGUUAUAAAAUGACUUUAAGAACUCAGUAAAUACCUGCUUUGUAACAGCGUGCAAGUUCAGUAUCAUUGCUACAUCAUCAGUGUUUUUGUUGUUUUGUACUUAACCAAAGCUGGUGGCUACAAGUCUUCUCUGCUGUGAGAUUGCUACCAUACUCCUUUAGCACUGUAUAUAGCCCUUCUAUUCUCGCAAGUUCAGUGCACAGUUGUUUGUGUGGGUUGGUAGACAGAUGUUUGGUGUUCUGUAAUUGUCUUCUGUGAAAAAAGUAAUCAUUUUACAAGAUGAAACUUGCAGUGGCAAGAUAAAUCAAUAUUUCAACACUUCAAGUGUUAGCUAACUGGACAUGAAACAAAUGACUUAAAAAUAGAUUAAGUUCACAUCAGAGCUUUGCUGUGACACAAUGAGUGACUGAGAGGCAAGGCAAACUCUCAAUGGACUCAAAGAGAAAUGUCAAAAUAGCCUUUACUUUUU